CUAAUCAAACGUCCGAGUAGCCAUUAUUCUAUCAUAAUAUUUAUACUGACGAAACAAGACCCAAACUCAAAAAUAAUGAUGACAUCAGAAUAACUUUACUCCUGUAUUAUGAUACGAAUACGCGCCAAACGACGUACCGGGUGAUUCCUAAUCAAUGCCGAAAAUAAAACCAGAAAUGAAGAAGUUUGUGCAUUCCAGGUGGAAGGAAAAUGAGGUUAACUCCGAUUCUCUCUUGGAAGAAGCUUCUGAUGUGAUCACAGGUUCAAAAGAGAUCGAUGACACAGUUUCAGUUAGUAACCAUGAGGCUGGACAAAAAGUCUUGUCGACAAACACCAAAGAAACAUCAAACGCUAGAAACUUGUUCGAUGACGUGUUUACCGAAAAACGGCGUCUGGUGCGAAAGAAAAGCUAUCCUAGAAGACGUUACAGAGGGAAAGAUAUGCGUUUGCAAGCGUUGAAACAACUAGAAGAUGGACCCGAUGAAAAUGUGAGAAUACAGAAUGAUACAGGAGCUACAGCAGAAGACGAUGGUGACUCCAAUAUUUUUCAGAGACCCCAAUCCACCUAUAGUGUUCUUAUCAGCGAAGCUUUUGUUAGCGAGAAAAGCUCCGUGCUGAGUGUCCAAAAUAUUGUCCGUCUAUUAAAAAAGAAGUAUCCAUAUUUUUACACGGUCAAAUCGCUUGUAAAUUGUGUAAACCAAGCUCUACAGAAUUGCAAAAAGUUUGAGAAAGUUUCACCAGCAGUGUGGAGUUACAACGAUACAACUCCAUUAAAACUUAAAGGGCGGACUUGGCGUCCAGGAUCAAACUCUUUGUCCAAACAAAAACACCAUGAAGCUAAAAACGAACGACCACCGCGACGGCGCUCACAGCGUACCAGGUCGAGGAAGCGUCCGGAAUUUUUGAAUAUUGAGUGGAACAAAGAAAGCAAAGGUUCCAGUAAGAAAUCGAAACUUCAGAGUGAAAGAAGGGACAAAAAUAAGAAGCACCGGAGGUAA